AUGGCUUUUAUGAUGCCUGUAAUGAAGAAUGACUACAACAUUUAUGCUAGCCGAUCCCGCACGAGCAGCAACAAUUCCGUAACACCCGCUGGGAGUCGCCGGCACACCCAAAGCGAAUCGGCUCCCGUGAGUCUGUCUUGCUCCCCAGGUUCGGAUGUGGAGGAGAGGCUAGCUGCCAUCAGCCUGGGGUGUUCCCCACGCAGGAACAGUCGUUUGCUGGACAUCUCAUCACCCAAAUCGGCCUCUCAGAAUUCGCUGCAUAAGUUCCACAACAAAGUCGUCGAAAAACUGAGAAGGAAGUUGAGGUCGAAAGACGACGAUGACCAGAAAAACGCCUCAGGCCCUAGCAGCUCAGCGACUUCUUAA